CAGGCCGGCAGGACUCCAGCCCAACUGCCUGCCUGUCAGCCCUCAAUCAGGAGCUGCCCCCUAUCCACACAGAAAGGAGGAAGCGGGUGGAUAAAGCCUGUUUGCUUUAAUUUUAUUUAUUUUUAUAACUUACUUUCAAUCCACUUUCACCUUUACUCUCUCUCUCUCGCUCUCUCUCUCCACUACGGAAGGAGGGAAAGAGAAGUGAGGUUGGUCAGUUCCUCUUUUUUUAUUUUUUUUAUUACCUGUUGCUCUUUGCUCUGGGAGAAGAUAUUUAAGGAGUGACACCAAAGAUCUUGUCGCCACAGCGUGCAGCAUGGGGUCUGAUGAUUCGUACAACUUUGUCUUUAAAGUGGUUUUGAUAGGGGAGUCUGGUGUAGGAAAAAGCAACAUUCUGUCCCGCUUCACCAAAAAUGAGUUCAAUCACGACAGCCGCACAACAAUCGGUGUGGAGUUCAGCACGCGGACAGUUCAGCUGGAGAACCUCUCCAUUAAAGCUCAAAUCUGGGACACAGCGGGGCUGGAGCGCUACAGGGCCAUCACCUCAGCGUAUUACAGGGGAGCCGUCGGGGCCCUGCUGGUCUAUGACAUCACCAAGCACCUGACCUAUGAGAGCGCCGAGCGGUGGCUGAAGGAGCUGUUCGACCACGCGGACCCUCACAUGGUGGUCAUGCUGGUGGGGAACAAGAGAGACCUGGAGACCCUCCGGACCGUGCCCAAAGAGGAGGCCAGGGACUUUGCAGAGAAGAAAGGUUUAAUGUUUAUGGAAACAUCAGCGUUGGACUCCAGCAACGUCGAGGCUGCUUUCAAUGAAGUCCUCACUGAGAUCCAUAGGAAGGUGGCCAGCAGAGAGGUGACCCGCGGCUCCAUAAGUGCUGUAACUCUAUCCAGCCCCCUCGGGCUGACCAGCGAGGCCCAGGACGAGCGCAAAGGCUGCUGCAAGAGCUAACAGACGAGCGGCCCCCAUGAAAAUAAAGUUUCUGCACAGGCCAUGUUGAAAAAACCACCUCCACGCUUGACCGUGGAGCAUGACAUCAUACACACAAAUUUGGAAGAGCGAGGUACCUGCUUGAGAUGAACCUCUUUCACUACAGAAGCUGGGCAGUAGAUGAAUCAAAACCAAAACCUUUUUUUUUUUACACUGUAUAUCCUGUGGUGAGCAAUUGGUGCUUCUACUUUAGAUCAAUCAGCUUUUUCCUUUUCUCUCAUCUUCAUAAUGUUAAGGAGCAGCUGUGAAGAUGUGUUGCUUCUAUACAGGAAUGCACUGGGUUUCAUUUUGAAUAAAUUAUUUAUGUCAAUCUGUCUGCACGUAAUUGAUAAACAGGUACAAAUGUAUUAGUGGCAUUACACAGAUAAUCUAAAUGAGGGACUAGAAGAGAGGGAUGAUGUUAAAGAAAGAGUCAAAGAGUAUACAGCUGUGCUACCGAGCCUGUGAAUUAAAAGAGUUUUAUAUUGAG